UUUACAACACCACACAAUACCACACUGUUUUAGUUCCUUGUUUUAUCAGACAGCUACAUAUCUCUCGCCCCCCGAAUUACACCUCAAUCUCCGUACCCCUCUCUCUAUCUGAUAUCGUCGCCGGCGUCGUGUCGUUGGUGAAUCUGAAAGACCAAGAAUCAGAAAGACAAUAACAAUGGAGGGAGACAAGUACUUGCAGGAAUUCUUGGUCGAGACAUCAAUGUUCAACAGCAUUGUUUUGGGCCAUUUGUUACCGUCCAGUUGUUGGGUCACUCUGCCUCAUUUCUUGCAGACUUGGCUUCGUAACUACAUUGCUGGAACUCUCCUUUACUUCAUCUCUGGUUUCCUCUGGUGCUUCUAUAUUUAUUACUUGAAACGCAACGUUUAUGUCCCUAAAGAUACCAUACCUUCAAACAGAGCCAUGCUCUUACAAAUAUAUGUUGCUAUGAAGGCUAUGCCAUGUUACACUCUUCUUCCAACAGUUUCUGAGUACCUGAUUGAAAAUGGCUGGACAAAGUGUUUCUCUAGCAUAUCUGAAAUUGGUUGGUUUGCGUACAUCAUAUAUUUUCCUAUAUAUCUUGUUAUUGUGGAGUUUGGGAUUUACUGGAUGCACAGAGAAUUGCAUGAUAUAAAACCUCUAUACAAGUAUCUUCAUGCAACCCAUCAUAUCUACAACAAACAGAACACUCUAUCUCCAUUUGCUGGUUUGGCAUUUCACCCACUUGACGGGAUUCUACAAGCUGUACCACAUGUUAUAGCUCUGUUUCUUGUGCCAACCCAUUUUAGAUCGCACGUAGCCCUCUUAUUCAUUGAGGCCAUAUGGACAGCAAACAUCCAUGAUUGCAUCCAUGCCAACCUGUGGCCCGUGAUGGGUGCUGGGUACCACACCAUUCACCAUACCACAUACAAGCAUAAUUACGGCCAUUAUACUAUAUGGAUGGAUUGGAUGCUGGGAACCCUUCGUGACCCAGAAGAUGAUUCAUGCCAGAGAGCGCAGAAGGUGCAGUGACGCCCUUGCUUGUCUUCGCAAAGCUGCUCGUGCAAUUCCCGGUACUUUGCUGGGUAGACUUGCGUUUUGGUAGGAUGCAUGUAAUGUUUUGGUUGGACUGCAUGUAAUGCAUGUGGCCUUUGCAUAUAUUUAUUUUGUUCUUUGUUAUGAUUUGUUGUUUCCGUGGGCUCAAAAGGCGACAAUGUUUGAGAGCUCAAGGAUGUUUUCUGCUUGAUUAACUUGCAAUUUAGCCACGAGCUCUAUAAGCCAAUGUUUAGUGUGUCUUUGUUAACGUGGUUCUGUAUGAUGUUGCUGUUUGUUGGCCCCAAAAUAGUUAGUCUUCAGAACCAAGCUAGUCUUCUUUUUCUUUUUCUUGAAGAAAGCAACAAGAGAUAUCCAAAAAUUUAGGGGUGUUUGUCUUUCAUGGCAGAUUUGUCAUUAAAGGGCAGCCAAAAGUGGUGCCGAACGGAUCUUCAUCAACUUUUAUGGUGCAACAGUGGGACUAGCCAUUGGCUUUCCAUCUCAACCACACAGCCUUCUUCUUAUCUAGUUGGCAUGCUGCGUAUGGAAUUUUGUUCUGUAUUUUGCUUUGUUAUAAAGAAAUGUCCUUUUUGUUUUUUUAAUUAGUAUACUGUAUGCUAAAA